AUGGUAUUACGUGUCUAUUUUAUUUCAACAACAGGUCGUCGAGAUAUACGUAAAGGACAAAUUCAUGUAUUUUCUGUACUUAGUUCAUGGAAAUUUCCCUAUCAAGCAAUUGAUGUAGCUGCACCAGAAAAUGAAAAUGAUCGAAAUUUUGUUAUUGAUACUGGUAAAAAAUCUGAAGAUGGUAAAGUUGUUUUACCACAAAUAUUUCAAGAAGAAAAAUGUUGUGGUGAUUAUUUGGAUUUUUUAAAUGCAAUUGAAGAUGAAAAAUUACAAUUAUUUCUUCAAGAAUUAAAUAAACAAGAAUUUAAUAUUAUUAAACAAAAAGAAAAAACAAUGAUUGAUGAAACUACAACGAAAGUUAUUCAUUUCUAUUAUCAAUCGAUCAAUGUUACAUAUCUUGAUCUUCGUUUGAUUCAUUCUUUAUUAACCAUCACAUAUACUUCUAUACCAGAUUCAAAUCGGUCAAUGUUAAAUGCUGAGUAUCGUGCUUUUGAAAGUAUCCUACGACAUUCACCUCGAUCUGAAUUUGAUCCAAUGGCUAGUUCAUUAGACAUAGCCGAACAAAUGCGUGCAUCAUUUCAAUUUGAUGUGAUUGUUUCUCAUCCUGCUCAAUGUCAAGUGAAAAAACAAAUAUAUGAAUAUGAAGAACAAACAGUUGAGACUUAUUGGAUAUAUCAUCGCAGUGGAAACAUCAAUUGA